UAUUUCCGAUCUCCAUUUCAAAUUGUUCACGUCCAUUCAGGAACAGAACAAAAUGUUGAAGUCUGCUGUAUUUGAGACUGAGUGCUCCAGUCGCGGAUGUACAUUUAGUGGAUGUCAAUCAAGAAAAAGUAAUUCAUGUGAUGGAAAAAUGCUUUCAACAUUGCGUCAAAUUGAGAUCAGUGUCAAACAACUCACGGGAAAAGAUAGAAGAAAAGGAACUUGUAAGAACGGUUGGAAGCGAUUCAGAGGGCACUGCUACAGAGAGUUUGUUCAGAAAUUAGACUGGUUUGGAGCUCAAAUGUUCUGCAGAUUACAAAAAGCUACCCUAGUAAGAAUAGACAACAAAGAAGAAAAUGAGUGGCUAGUAAAAACUUUCUCCAAAGAACAAUUAUGGUUAGAUUUAAACGACCUGUCUGUGGAAGGAAGAUGGCGGUUCUUUACAACAGGAAAGCCAGUGAUCUACACAAACUGGAUGCCAAGACAACCGGACAGUGUUGGUGAGGACUGUGCACAUAUGAACUAUCCAGGUUACAAAAAAGGUCAAUGGAAUGAUAGAGAGUGUGGUGUCAAGCUUCGCUUUAUUUGUGAAUCAUCUGGUACGUUGAUGAAUUAG